AUGGGCUGCACCUCGGCUAAGCAGGUGUCGGCUGUGCCCAACGAUGAGGAGGGACGGGGCAAGGCCUACAGCAACGGAGACCUCUUAACCGCCCUGCGAGAGCUGACCGUGGGGCAGAAAGUUAUCUGCAAGCACAAAAAUGGACGUUACUACCAGUGCGACGUCGUGCAGCUGUACAAGGAGACCUUCUAUGAGGUCAACUUCGAUGACGGCUCCUUCAGUGACAACCUCUUUCCUGAGGACAUCGUGAAUCGGGACUGUGUUCAGCAGGGACCUCCUGCCCAGGGCGAGGUUGUGCAGGUGAGGUGGACGGAUGGCCUCGUCUACGGAGCCAAGUUUGUGGCAGCUCACGUCAUCCAGAUGUACCAGGUGGAAUUUGAAGAUGGCUCCCAGCUUACAUUCAAGAGGGACGAGGUCUACACCCUGGAUGAAGACCUGCCAAAGAGAGUCAAAUCGAGACUGGUGAGUCCCAGCAUGUAUGAGUGA